AUGCUAUUAUAUCUCGCCAUCAUCUUCAUUUUCACGGCCGCUGUCGGCCUUUAUGUCGUCUACAGAUUGCUACUGCCCAAGCCUCUAUCCGGUAUUCCCUAUAAUACUGAGUCUGCAAAGCGCCUUCUGGGUGAUAUACCUGGGUUGAUGUCAGAGAUGUCAGGGAGAGGAGAUUUCGUGGCCUGGCUAAUCGAAGAAAACCUCAAAUCUGGUUCAAUGAUUAACCAGAUCUUUCUCCGUCCAUUUUCGAAGCCAUUCGUUGUUUUGGCAGAUCAUCGAGAGGCUCGAGACAUACAGAUGAACCGUACUAAAGAGUUUGACCGGACCGACGACAUUCUCUAUAUUUUCGGUCCAUUGAUGAGGUCGAAUCAGCUGGUACUUAAGACCGGCCCAGAGUGGAAGCUUCACCGGCGACUCGUACAGGAUACGAUGUCGCCAGCCUUUCUGCAUCGUGUGGUCGCUCCGAGUAUGUACGCCAGCAGUCUCCGCUUCAUCGAACGCUGGAAAGCCAAAGCGGCCGUCGCAAAUGGUCGUCCAUUUGAAGCCAGAGAGGAUAUUUCCCUAGCCACACUUGACGCUGCCUUCGCAUUCACUUUCGGGCCUGACUUUCCUCACCAAGCCACGAAACCUGAAAUUGAAGGACUGGACUACUCUUGCAUUGAGUAUUGCCAGUCUCCCGACGAGCCGAUAAAGUUCGCUUCACCCAGUCAGGAGCAGGAGGUGCAUUCCAUACUAAAGCUGGUAGAAAAAGUGGGAACAGUUCAAUCAAGCCCGUCACCAUGGUUGAAAUGGAAGCUUAUCGCAAACAGUCUCUCAUUCAGGAGGUGUCAAAGUACAAAAGACGCCUGCAUCCGGCGUGAAAUUGAGAAAGCUAUGGAGCGCCGAAUACACAAACCAUCGUCGACAGAUGACUCAUGGAUCAAGAAUACAGUUGAACUUGUUAUUAACAGAGAAGAAAACCUGGCCAGAAAUGAUGGUAGGGAGCCGGACUUCUUCUCCCCAAUGAUCCUGGAUGAGCUCUAUGGCUUUCUCGUCGCAGGCCACGAUACCACAAGCACAACACUGGAUUGGGGCGUAAAGCUCCUGGCAGAUCACCCGGCCGCGCAAUCGCGUCUUCGAGGCUCGCUACAAGCCACGUUUGCAAGUGCCCUGAGAGAUGACCGCUUGCCCACCAUUCACGAGAUAAUAGAGACAUCAGUCCCUUACCUGGACGCCGUUAUUGAGGAAAUACUCCGGGUCGGGCGAACUGUCCCCAUUGGGUCUCGCCAGGCAACGCAGGACACCGUGCUCCUGGGCUAUGCUAUUCCAAAGGACACGACGGUAUUGUACCUCAAUCAUGGCCGCAGCUAUUUCCUCCCAGCCGGCGAAAUCGAUGAGAGUCGCCGCAGUCCACAGUCACAAGAGGAAAAGCGAAAUGGCAACGCUCCGUCGUGGGAUGCAAGUGACGCGUCUCUUUUCCGGCCAGAGCGCUGGUUGAAGAAGACCUCUAGCAGCAGUUCUGGGAAGCCACAGAAGGACGAUGAUUUCGUCUUUAAUAGUCAGGCCGGGCCAAUCAACACUUUCGGACUGGGGCUUCGCGGUUGCUUUGGCCGGAGAUUGGCCUAUGUUGAGCUCAGAAUCAUGCUAGUCAUGAUGAUCUGGAAUCUAGAAUUACUUAGGUGUCCGGCUGAGCUUUCCGGCUAUGCUUCGAAACUUGUGCACACGGGCAAGCCGCAGCAGUGUUUUGUGCGGCUCAACGCCGUCAAAAACGGAGAGCUAUAG